AUGUCGGGCAGUAUGCCAUUCAAUCCUGAUGAACUCCCAAACCUCUCCGGGAAGGUCAUUCUGGUAACCGGCGGGACGGCCGGCCUUGGUGCCGCCACGGUUCUUCAUCUGGCGAAACACUCACCGGCGCAUAUCUACAUCAGCGGACGGAGCGCGAAGAACGCCGAGGACGUCAUCAACCAAGUGCGCGAUUCGGGCUCGCAGUCGCGCCUGUCGUUCCUCUCGUGCGAUCUGGCAUCCCUCGCCUCCGUAAAGAAGGCGGCCGAAACGGCAUCAUGGCCCAGCCACCUGGGUCAUGCGCUGCUGAUCCAGAGUUGCCUGCCUCUGCUGCUGCAGACGGCGGCGGAGCAACCCGGAGCCAACCCGCGUAUCAUCAUUCUCAGCUCUUUGGGGUUUCGGUUGCACCCUUGCGACGGCAUCAUCUUCUCCGAUCUGAAGACCGAGCAGAAUUUCCGCGCCUUCGGUGGGUGGAAACGCUAUGGCCAGAGCAAACUUGCCAAUCUACUGUAUGCGCGCGAGCUGGCCCGCCGAUAUCCUGCCAUCACCAGCGUCUCCGUUCAUCCCGGCGUGGUCAGUACGGGGCUUGUUGAGAAUCAAGGCUGGGCAAACCGCGCCUUGAUCAACGUUACCAACAUUGGCAAGAUACUCAAGCCCUCAGAGGGUGCUUAUAGCCAACUCUGGGCGGCAACUACCGCCAAAGAAAGCCUGGAAAAUGGCCAGUUCUACGAGCCGGUGGGGGUUCUAUCGUCAAAGCUCGACAAGAUCGCUCGCGAUGAUGCGUUGGCGAGGAGGCUGUGGGAAUGGACGGACGAGGCUCUGGCAGACUACAUGAACUAG